ACAAAGUACUUCCAGUGGUGAUAUAUAGUAUUUGUUUACUGUAUGUAAUGUCUCGUCCAGGUCAGAGGACAAAAAAUACAAAAGGUCUGAUUGUACCAUUCAUGAAUCUCUCUGGUACAUGUUGCUUGUAUUGUGUUCUUACUUGUAUCGGGUUGAGGGUCCAGAAAUGGUACUCAAGUAAAAGUAGUGUUAUCUUACAAUAAUGUUAUUCAAGUACAAGAAAAACAUAUCGUGUUACUCAACAAAAACUUUCUCAAAAAGUUCUCAAAUACAACCAGUUACUGCCCAUCUGUGGUCAUGUUCUCUGGUUUUUAGACUUUUAAAACAAUUUUCUUACUGUAGCAGUAAAGUUUCACUCUUAGUUGUAAAUAAAACCAUUUAGGUUACACAUUAUGUUUGAAACAGAAGCAAAAACAAACUAAACUCCCUCUGGAAAGUUUCCAGCUAGAGGCGGAACUCAAGGGGCGGUCACUGUUCCUGGUUGAACGCCGUUGAACGUACAUCCGGCGGAAGUAAAUAAUAUUGCGCUAGCAGCGUUAGCCUCUGUCUAUCGUGUUUUUUGCUGCUUGAGCUGAAUCUGUCAGUGUACUGGACUCUUGGGAAACAGGUGGAGAACCGAACCCGGUCCGGAAGAACAAGGUGGUUUAAUUGCGGGCGGUUCCGAUGAGCUAACGGAACCGAGAGGAGGAUCAAGGAUCUAGUUACUGCCGCGGAGGAAACAGAAGGAUCCUGUUAACAAGAAGAACUUCCUGUGUCUGAACAUCAACUUCCUGUGUUUUAAAAUGAUCUAAGAAGGAAAAAUCCCAUCUCAGCUCUGAGAGACUCUACUGUUGACCCAAAGAUCCCAGAUGACCAGAGAUGAAUAAGGAACAGGAGGAACCAGAACCACAGCAGACGAGGGAGACCAAGAAGGAACCAGAAGCUCAACUCAGUGAGGAAGAAGAGGAUGAAGGGUUGCUUGUAGUGAAGCAGGAGAGCAGCAGCUCUGUGGUGAGCCCUGCUGACCUGGGAAAAGUCCAUAUGGAUCUGGAACCAGAGCAGACGAUGGAGAUGAAGGAGGAGCUGGAGGACAUCUGCUGCUAUCAGCAGGUUGUGGUGAAGGAGGAGACCGAAACCUUCAUGAUACCAGUCCAUGACACCAUGGACCCAGAACCAAACCAGAACCAGUUCUCUCCUGAAGCCCACAACGCAUUCAGAGCCCAGACAGACCAGAACCCACCUGAGAGAUGUUGGACGCCCAGGAGUCAUGAGGACAACUCAAAGUCAAAGAGACAUAAGGCAGAUGUGUCCUGUGACGUGUGUGGUAAAAGUUUCAGGCAGCACAGGUACUUGAUUGCUCACCUGAGGACUCACACAGGUGAGAAGCCUUUUUCAUGUCAGUCUUGUGGGAAAAGUUUCCUCAGGCAGCCGGACCUGACUCUGCACAUGAAAACCCACACCGGCGAGAAGCCCUUCCAAUGUCCAGUGUGUGGUAAAGGUUUCAUCCAGAAAACCACCUUAAGUUACCACAUGAGAACGCACACAGGAGAGAGGCCACACAGCUGUGAAUUUUGUGGAAAAUCCUUCAUACAGAGGAGUGAUUUGACUUGCCACCUUAGGACUCACACAGGUGAGAAACCGUAUCAGUGUGAGGUGUGUCAGAAAUCUUUUGGACACAGCAGUGACUUCACUCGUCACAGGAGGACACACAUGGCUGAGAAACCUUUCUCAUGUGUGACCUGUGGGAGAGCUUUUAACAAGCAGUCUAAGCUGAGUUGUCACCUGAGAGUUCACGCAGGCAGUAAGACGUAUUCCUGUGAGUCGUGUGAUAAAUCUUUCAGGCGGAGUUGUGACUUUGUGCGUCACCUGAGGACUCACACAGGAGAGAAACCAUUUAACUGUGAAUUGUGUGACAAAUCUUUCAGACAAAAUGGUGACCUGACACGUCACAUGAGAACUCACACAGGUGAGAAGCCAUCUUCAUGUUCAGUGUGCGGUAAAAGCUUCAGUGAGUACAGCAGCAUGCUCAGACAUAUGAGGACUCACACUGGGGAGAAACCGUACAUCUGCAAAGUGUGCGGGAAGCUUUUCCGCUUCGGCGGGCAUUUGACCGUUCACUUGAGAACCCACACAGGUGAGAAGCCGUGUUGCUGUAACGUGUGUGGUAAAUCAUUCAGUGACUGCAGCAGCAUGUCCAGACACAUGAGGACUCACACUGGGGAGAAGUCGUAUGCUUGUGAAGUGUGUGAUAAGUCUUUCAGGCAGAGGAACGAUUUGACCCGUCAUCAUAGAACUCACACAGGAGAGAAACCUUUCCAGUGUCUGGCUUGUGGUAAAGGUUUUGUCCAGAAAACAACCUUGAGGUAUCACAUGAUGACCCACACCGGAGAGAAGCCUUACCCCUGUCAGCUAUGCAGCAAAUCCUUCAGACAGAGAAACGAUCUGACCCGUCACCUUAGAACCCACACAGGAGAGAAACCAUAUAGCUGUACAUUAUGCGACAAGCCUUUCAGACAGAGUAAUGACUUGGCUCGUCACAUGAAGACUCACACAGGUGAGGAUCUAAGCCGUGUGGUUGAUCAGUCAGAUUAAGGUGGACUGAUGUGUGAAGAACUGAACCUAGAGAUGAUCUGGAAAGUUCAAGAUAAAGACCAUUUAUUAUUAUUAACAGCUGAAAGUCAGUAGUGCGCAGCAGCUACUGUUGUUAGCGUCGUUGUCCUUGGUUCAAUUCCUGGUCUCUGUUUCUUCUCCCCGUUUCUUGUCCACCAACGGUUCAAUAACCAGAAUCAAAAUAUCUGUAGAAGAUUUGAAUUUAUGAACUUUCUCUUUCCACAACUGUCCUGAAAUUGUCUAAGUACAGCAUUUAUGAUUUCUAAUUUCUAUUUAGACGCUAGAUUAAUCUUUCUCCUGCCAGAUACAGUACUGUGGCUUAGUUUACAAUCAUUCCAAUCUUUUAUAAAACUCCUUUAACAUCAAGAAGCUGUGACCCAGGAGUUCAGAGAUGAGUCUGAUCCACUUUAAUGUCUCAGAAUGAUAGUUUUUCUAACUGGUUAAGGUCAGGAAACCAGUGUGACCAGCAGCCAGUCUGGCCAGAGGCCGACUUUACUGGGCCGGGCUCCAUGUGUCUGAACGGGACCUUCUGAGGUUCAGGCUGCUGCAUUUGAUGUUUUUUCUGGUGUCUUCACUUUAUUAAUCCAUGAAUUAAAUAAGUGCUUAUCAACAGAUAAUCGUCUGAUGUAAUCAUUUAAUUUGUUGAUUUAGUGUUUUUUAGAUUUUAAAUAUGUUCAUAAAUACAUCAUCCUUUCA